GCCCUGCCCCGCCCAUCUAAGCGGCUCCGCGCUUUGGCCCUCGCGGGCCGCCGUGCGGCUGUGUAACGGCGUCCCGCAGGGCCGUUGGCGCCUUCUGCGGCGGCCGGGGCCGGGCGGGCCGCGUCGCUCCCCUGCGGUGGCUGGUGAGGCCUGGGGCGCCGCGCAGCCAUGUCGGAGGCGGGCGGGAGCGGUGACUUCUCCUCCCCGCGGAGCUCGGGCUCGGACUGCAGCCGCCUCUCGCUGCCGUCCACCUCUCGCAACGGCGCGGUGUCCGAGCACAAGCAGCACCGGCUCUCGAGCGGCGUCGGCCGCCCGCGCCCCCCGGCCUCCGAGGAGGAGGAGGAGGAGGAAGAGGAGCCGGACGUGGUGUGGGAGAGGCCCAGGCGGCCGGAGAGCGCUGAUGCCACUGGCGGCGGCGACGAGCGCAGCAGGAGGAUGAUCCGCAACCAGUACCGGGAGCUCAUCUACAGCGUGCAGCAAAAUCGUGAGGAUAUGCUGAAUUCAAAAAGCAGUAAACUGACGGAAGCUUUGGAAGAAGCCAAUAAACUAUUCAGUGGAGUCUCCUGUGCACGAGAAGCUGCAUUGGAUGCCCAAUUUCUUGUCUUAGCAUCAAAUCUAGGUAAGGAGAAAGCCAAUGAGCUGCACUCUGAGAUGACAGCAUUUGAUUCACCAGCAUUUGCGGAAGACUUACUAACAUUCAUGGGUCUAAAUCGCAUAGAAGUAGAAGAAAAUGAUAGUGAUAAUGAGGGGAUUUCUGGUGGAUAUUUACCUAGUAAUGCCUGGCAUAAACUGGGAGCAGAAACAGAGAAGUAUUUCAGGAGAGCACCUUCUUUUCACUACAUGUUGGGAUCUUUCAAGUCUGAUCCUCCGGUACCAAGGCAACGGAUUGAGAGGCAGAAAAAAGCUACAGGAAGAGAAGAAAAAAGGGCAAUGCCUGCUCAGUUAAAAAAGAUGGAGGAGUCUCAUCAGGAAGCUACAGAAAAAGAAGUAGAGAGGAUCUUGGGAUUACUGCAGACGCAUUUUAAAAAUGAUCCUGAUAUACCUAUUUCCUUCUUUGAUCUUGUGAUUGAUCCAAACUCUUUUGCACGCACUGUGGAAAACAUUUUUCACGUGUCCUUCAUUAUAAGGGAUGGUUUUGCACGAUUAAAACUGGAUGAGGAUAAAUUGCCAAUAAUAGUUAUGUUCCUGAAGGAAAAUGACUUUAAGAACUUUGCAACUAUAAAGAUUGUGAAAAUACAAUAUUUUGAACAGAGCCUGCAAAAGAUGAUGAGGGAAAAGACGAUGACCGUAAUGCUCAAGCACGGAACCAAGCUGUCCUAUCUCUGAGCCAUCAAGAAUGGAAGGAAAUUGUAGAAACAUUUGAAAUAACAGAACCCAUGAUCGGUCCUCCUUGUAACAGCAAUGAAGAGGAAAUGGAGACAGCUUAAUUCUUCAAGCAAGUUCUUUUCAUAAAUCAAACUGAAUAAAUGAGGAUACAGUGUGUGAGUUCCUUAUGGACAUAGAAAACCGGCAGAGAAGCUACCUGUGAUUACACAUGUAGAAACACUUUAAGGAGGAUAAUUGUAUAACAUCUGAGAAUUUCUGUAUUCAUGAUCUCUUCAUGGAUCAAAACUUUCCUUGUUUAAUCUUCUUUGCAGUAAUGAACUGAAAAGACUUCACUUUUACAUCUGAUGGCCAGUUAAGUGGUAUACUUCAGUUCACUUUUGAGACUUUAUACUUGCACUUGAAAUGCAAUGCUGUGAUGAAUCAUAGCUUAGUUUUUGUACUUUUUUUUAAAACUUACAGCUGAUGUUCUUGUUAAUAGACUAGUCUGAAGAAGGGCCAUAUUGUCUUAAUGUCUUCUCUUUUUUUUCCCCCCUAGGUGCCUUAAAGAAAAAUAUUUUAAAAUGUUUCCUUCAGAUAAGGUUUUAUGUGUAUAUAUUGUACAAUUAAAUUUAUUUUUAUUAGAACCAUUUGACACUUUA